AUAAAGAGAUUGAGAAUGAAGAGGACAAGAGACAAUCGCCCAUGAUAGAAUGCAGUGAAGAGAAGUCAUAUCGGUGUUUACAAUGCAAACACACACAGGAGAAAAGCCUUACAGUUCUCAUUGUGAGAAGAGAUUUUGUUACAAGAGCAAACUUACUCAUCAUAUGACCAGUCCUGAUACAGGUCAAGACCAAUGUACUAUACAAGGUCAAACCUUCAUGAUCAAACAGGAAAUAGAUGAAGACAUGACCAAUCCUGAUACAGGUCAAGACCGAUUUACUAUUCAAGGUCAAACCUUCAUGGUCAAACAGGAAUUAGAUGAAAACAUGACCAACCCUGAUACAGGUCAAGAGCAAUGUACUAUACAAGGUCAAACCAUUACCAUCAAACAGGAAGUAGAUGAAGAUAUGACCAACCCUGAUACCGAUCAUGACCAAUGUACCACACAAGGUCAAACCUUCAUGAUCAAACAGGAAUUAGAUGAAGACAUGACCAACCCUGAUACAGGUCAAGAGCAAUGUACUAUACAAGGUCAAACCAUUACCAUCAAACAGGAAGUAGAUGAAGAUAUGACCAACCCUGAUACCGAUCAUGACCAAUGUACCACACAAGGUCAAACCUUCAUGAUCAAACAGGAAUUAGAUGAAGACAUGACCAACCCUGAUACAGGUCAAGAGCAAUGUACUAUACAAGGUCAAACCAUUACCAUCAAACAGGAAGUAGAUGAAGACAUGACCAAUCCUGAUACAGGUCAAGACCAAUGGACCACACAAUGUCAAACCUUCAUGAUCAAACAGGAAUUAGAUGAAGACAUGACCAACCCUGAUACAGGUCAAGAGCAAUGUACUAUACAAGGUCAAACCAUUACCAUCAAACAGGAAGUAGAUGAAGAUAUGACCAACCCUGAUACCGAUCAUGACCAAUGUACCACACAAGGUCAAACCUUCAUGAUCAAACAGGAAUUAGAUGAAGACAUGACCAACCCUGAUACAGGUCAAGAGCAAUGUACUAUACAAGGUCAAACCAUUACCAUCAAACAGGAAGUAGAUGAAGACAUGACCAAUCCUGAUACAGGUCAAGACCAAUGGACCACACAAUGUCAAACCUUCAUGAUCAAACAGGAAUUAGAUGAAGACAUGACCAACCCUGAUACAGGUCAAGAGCAAUGUACUAUACAAGGUCAAACCAUUACCAUCAAACAGGAAGUAGAUGAAGAUAUGACCAACCCUGAUACCGAUCAUGACCAAUGUACCACACAAGAUAAAGAGAUUGAGAAUGAAGAGGACAAGAGACAAUCGCCCAUGAUAGAAUGCAGUGAAGAGAAGUCAUAUCGGUGUUUACUAUGCAGUAUGACAUUCAUGGAUGAGAGCAGUUUAAUUCUACAUCUGAAAGCAUGCUUUAGAGAAGAGGGAUCAGUUAGCAGUCUGAGAACAAAGUUAGAUAUGAGCUUUAAGUGCCCCCAUUGUGAUAAGAUUUUUGAAUCCCAGGAUCAUCUUAUGACCCAUGUGAGCUCACACACUGGAGAAGAGUUUUAUCAUUGCUCUCAUUGUGAAAAGGGAUUUUCUAACAAGAGCGAUCUUACACUUCAUAUAAGUGCACACACAGGAGAAAAAUUUUCUCAUUGUGAGAAGAGAUUUUCUAGUAGCAGUAUUCGUACCCGUCAUAUAAGAAGACACCCGGGAGAAAAGCCUUACUGUUGUUCUUCUUGUGAGAAGAGAUUUUGUUAUAAGAGCGAACUUACUUGUCAUAUAAAAACACAUACAGGAGAAAAAACUUAUAAUUGUUCUCAUUGUGAGAAGAGAUUUUGUUACAAGAGCCGUCUUGAAACUCAUAUGAAAUCACACACGGGAGAAAAGCCUUACAGUUGUUCUCAUUGUGAGAAGAGAUUUUGUUACAAGAGCGAACUUACUCGUCAUACAAGAACACAUACAGGAGAAAAGCCUUACAUUUGUUUUUAUUGUGAGAAGAGAUUUUCUAACAAGAUCAAUCUUACUCGUCAUACAAGAACACAUACAGGAGAAAAGCCUUACAUUUGUUUUUAUUGUGAGAAGAGAUUUUCUAACAAGACCAAUCUUACUCAUCAUUUAAGAAUACAUACAGGAGAAAAAUCUUAUCAUUGCUCUCAUUGUGAGAAGAGAUUUUCCAGAAAGAGCACUCUUACUCAUCAUAUGAAAACACACAGAGGAGAAAAGCCUUACAGUUGUUCUCAUUGUGAGAAGAGAUUUUCUCUUAAGAGCACUCUUACUCAUCAUAUGAGAACACAUACUGGAGAAAAGCCUUACAGUUGUUCUUAUUGUGAGAAGAGAUUUCGUCACAAGAGCAAACUUACUUGUCAUAUACGAACACAUACAGGAGAAAAGCCUUAUAGUUGUUCUCAUUGUGAGAAGAGAUUUUCUGUCAAGAGGACUCUUACUCAUCAUAUGAGAACACAUACAGGAGAAAAGCCUUACAGUUGUUCUUAUUGUGAGAAGAGAUUUUCUCAAAAGAGCACUCUUACUCAUCAUAUGAGAACACAUACUGGAGAAAAGCCUUAUAGUUCUCAUUGUGAGAAGAGAUUUUCUGUCAAGAACAAUCUUACUCAUCAUAUGAGAACACACACUGGAGAAAAAUCUUAUCAUUGCUCUCAUUGUGAGAAGAGAUUUUCCAGAAAGAGCACUCUUACUCAUCAUAUGAGAACACAUACUGGAGAAAAGCCUUAUAGUUGUUCUCAUUGUGAGAAGAGAUUUUCUCUUAAGAGCACUCUUACUCAUCAUAUGAGAACACAUACUGGAGAAAAACCUUAUCAUUGCUCUUAUUGUGAGAAGAGAUUUUCUAACAAGGGCAAUCUUAAUCAUCAUAUAAGAACACACACUGGAGAAAAGCCUUACAGUUGUUCUUAUUGUGAGAACAGAUUUUGUUACCAGAGUGAUCUUACUCGUCAUAUGAGAACACAUACAGGAGAAAAGCCUUAUAGUUGUUUUCAUUGUGAGAAGAGUUUUUCUGUUAAGAGUAAUCUUAAUCAUCAUAUACGAACACACACAGGAGAAAAGCCUUACAGUUCUCAUUGUGAGAAGAGAUUUUGUUACAAGAGCAAACUUACUCAUCAUAUGACCAGUCCUGAUACAGGUCAAGACCAAUGUACUAUACAAGGUCAAACCUUCAUGAUCAAACAGGAAUUAGAUGAAGACAUGACCAAUCCUGAUACAGGUCAAGACCGAUUUACUAUUCAAGGUCAAACCUUCAUGGUCAAACAGGAAUUAGAUGAAGACAUGACCAACCCUGAUACAGGUCAAGAGCAAUGUACUAUACAAGGUCAAACCAUUACCAUCAAACAGGAAGUAGAUGAAGAUAUGACCAACCCUGAUACCGAUCAUGACCAAUGUACCACACAAGGUAAAGAGAUUGAGAAUGAAGAGGACAAGAGACAAUCGCCCAUGAUAGAAUGCAGUGAAGAGAAGUCACAUCGGUGUUUACAAUGCAGUAAGACAUUCAUGGAUGAGAGCGCUUUCAUUCUACAUCUGAAAGCAUGCUUUAGAGAAGAGGGAUCAGUUAGCAGUCUGAGAACAAAGUUAGAUAUGAGCUUUAAGUGCCCCCAUUGUGAUAAGAUUUUUGAAUCCCAGGAUCAUCUUAUGACCCAUGUGAGCUCACACACUGGAGAAGAGUUUUAUCAUUGCUCUCAUUGUGAAAAGGGAUUUUCUAACAAGAGCGAUCUUACACUUCAUAUAAGUGCACACACAGGAGAAAAGCCUUAUAGUUGUUCUCAUUGUGAGAAGAGAUUUUCUUUCAAGAAGACUCUUACUCAUCAUAUGAGAACACAUACAGGAGAAAAGCCUUACAGUUGUUCUUAUUGUGAGAAGAGAUUUUGUUGCCAGAGCGAACUUACUUGUCAUAUAAGAACACAUACAGGAGAAAAGCCUUAUAGUUGUUCUCAUUGUGAGAAGAGAUUUUCUGCCAAGAGGACUCUUACUCAUCAUAUGAGAACACAUACAGGAGAAAAGCCUUAUAGUUGUUCUCAUUGUGAGAAGAGAUUUUCUCAAAAGAGCAAUCUUACUCAUCAUAUGAGAACACAUACUGGAGAAAAGCCUUAUAGUUGUUCUCAUUGUGAGAAGAGAUUUUCUUUUAAGAGUUCUCUUACUCAUCAUAUGAGAACACAUACAGGAGAAAAGCCUUAUAGUUGUUCUCAUUGUGAGAAGAUGUUUUCUAACAAGUCCAAUCUUACUCGUCAUAUCAGAACACACACAGGAGAAAAGCCUUACAGUUCUCAUUGUGAGAAGAGAUUUUGUUACAAGAGCAAACUUACUCAUCAUAUGACCAGUCCUGAUACAGGUCAAGACCAAUGUACUAUACAAGGUCAAACCAUCGAGGUCGUACAGGAAGUAGAUGAAGAUAUGACCAACCCUUAUACAGAUCAUGACCAAUGUACCACACAAUGUCAAACCUUCAUGAUCAAACAGGAAUUAGAUGAAGACAUGACCAAUCCUGAUACAGGUCAAGACCGAUUUACUAUACAAGGUCAAACCUUCAUGGUCAAACAGGAAUUAGAUGAAGACAUGACCAACCCUGAUACAGGUCAAGAGCAAUGUACUAUACAAGGUCAAACCAUUACCAUCAAACAGGAAGUAGAUGAAGAUAUGACCAACCCUGAUACCGAUCAUGACCAAUGUACCACACAAGGUCAAAACUUCAUGAUCAAACAGGAAUUAGAUGAAGACAUGACCAACCCUGAUACAGGUCAAGACCAAUGUACUAUACAAGGUCAAACCAUCGAGGUCGUACAGGAAGUAGAUGAAGAUAUGACCAACCCUUAUACAGAUCAUGACCAAUGUACCACACAAUGUCAAACCUUCAUGAUCAAACAGGAAUUAGAUGAAGACAUGACCAAUCCUGAUACAGGUCAAGACCGAUUUACUAUACAAGGUCAAACCUUCAUGGUCAAACAGGAAUUAGAUGAAGACAUGACCAACCCUGAUACAGGUCAAGAGCAAUGUACUAUACAAGGUCAAACCAUUACCAUCAAACAGGAAGUAGAUGAAGAUAUGACCAACCCUGAUACCGAUCAUGACCAAUGUACCACACAAGGUCAAACCUUCAUGAUCAAACAGGAAUUAGAUGAAGACAUGACCAACCCUGAUACAGGUCAAGACCAAUGUACUAUACAAGAUAAAGAGAUUGAGAAUGAAGAGGACAAGAGACAAUCGCCCAUGAUAGAAUGCAGUGAAGAGAAGUCAUAUCGGUGUUUACUAUGCAGUAAGACAUUCAUGGAUGAGAGCGCUUUCAUUCUACAUGUACAUCUGAAAGCAUGCUUUAGAGAAGAGGGAUCAGUUAGCAGUCUGAGAACAAAGUUAGAUAUGAGCUUUAAGUGCCCCCAUUGUGAUAAGAUUUUUGAAUCCCAGGAUCAUCUUAUGACCCAUGUGAGCUCACACACUGGAGAAGAGUUUUAUCAUUGCUCUCAUUGUGAAAAGGGAUUUUCUAACAAGAGCGAUCUUACACUUCAUAUAAGUGCACACACAGGAGAAAAGCCUUACAGUUGUUCUUAUUGUGAGAAGAGAUUUUCUGACAAGAGCGAACUUACUUGUCAUAUACGAACACAUACAGGAGAAAAGCCUUAUAGUUGUUCUCAUUGUGAGAAGCGAUUUUCUGUCAAGAAGACUCUUACUCAUCAUAUGAGAACACAUAUAGGAGAAAGGCCUUACAGUUGUUCUUAUUGUGAGAAGAGAUUUUGUUACAAGAGCGAACUUACUUGUCAUAUACGAACACAUACAGGAGAAAAGCCUUAUAGUUGUUCUCAUUGUGAGAAGAGAUUUUCUGCCAAGAGGACUCUUACUCAUCAUAUGAGAACACAUACAGGAGAAAAGCCUUAUAGUUGUUCUCAUUGUGAGAAGAGAUUUUCUCAAAAGAGCAAUCUUACUCAUCAUAUGAAAACACAUACUGGAGAAAAGCCUUAUAGUUGUUCUCAUUGUGAGAAGAGAUUUUCUCUUAAGAGCACUCUUACUUAUCAUAUGAGAACACAUACUGGAGAAAAAUCUUAUCAUUGCUCUCAUUGUGAGAAGAGAUUUUCCAGAAAGAGCACUCUUACUCAUCAUAUGAAAACACAUACUGGAGAAAAGCCUUAUAGUUGUUCUUAUUGUGAGAAGAGAUUUUUUUACAAGAGCGAACUUACUUGUCAUAUACGAACACAUACAGGAGAAAAGCCUUAUAGUUGUUCUCAUUGUGAGAAGAGAUUUUCUGUCAAGAAGACUCUUACUCAUCAUAUGAGAACACAUACAGGAGAAAAGCCUUACAGUUGUUUUCUUUGUGAGAAGAGUUUUUCUGUCAAGAGUAAUCUUAAUGAUCAUAUACGAACACAUACAGGAGAAAAAACUUAUCAUUGCUCUCAUUGUGAGAAGAUAUUUUCUAACAAGUCCAAUCUUACUCGUCAUAUCAGAACACACACAGGAGAAAAGCCUUACAGUUCUCAUUGUGAGAAGAGAUUUUGUUACAAGAGCAAACUUACUCAUCAUAUGACCAGUCCUGAUACAGGUCAAGACCAAUGUACUAUACAAGGUCAAACCUUCAUGGUCAAACAGGAAUUAGAUGAAGACAUGACCAACCCUGAUACAGGUCAAGACCAAUGUACGAUACAAGGUCAAACCAUCGAGGUCGUACAGGAAGUAGAUGAAGAUAUGACCAACCCUUAUACAGAUCAUGACCAAUGUACCACACAAGAUCAAACCUUCAUGAUCAAACAGGAAUUAGAUGAAGACAUGACCAAUCCUGAUACAGGUCAAGACCGAUUUACUAUACAAGGUCAAACCUUCAUGGUCAAACAGGAAUUAGAUGAAGACAUGACCAACCCUGAUACAGGUCAAGAGCAAUGUACUAUACAAGGUCAAACCAUUACCAUCAAACAGGAAGUAGAUGAAGAUAUGACCAACCCUGAUACCGAUCAUGACCAAUGUACCACACAAGGUCAAAACUUCAUGAUCAAACAGGAAUUAGAUGAAGACAUGACCAACCCUGAUACAGGUCAAGACCAAUGUACUAUACAAGAUCAAACCAUUACCAUCAAACAGGAAGUAAAUGAAGACAUGACCAACCGUGAUACAGGCAAAGACCAAUUUACCACACAAGAUAAAGAGAUUGAGAAUGAAGAGGACAAGAGACAAUCGCCCAUGAUAGAAUGCAGUGAAGAGAAGUCAUAUCUGUGUUUACUAUGCAGUAAGACAUUCAUGGAUGAGAGCGCUUUAAUUCUACAUCUGAAAGCAUGCUUUAGAGAAGAGGGAUCAGUAAGCAGUCUAGACCAAAGUUAGAUUUUUGAAUAAGAUUUUUUUUAGAUAAGAUUUUUGAAUCCCAGGAUCAUCUUAUGACCCAUGUGAGCACACACUGGAGAAGAGUUUUAUCAUUGCUCUCAUUGUGAGAAGAGAUUUUCUGACGAACAAUCUUACUCGUCAUAUAAGAAGACACACGGGAGAAAAGCCUUACACUUGACCUCAUUGUGAGAAGAGAUUUUCUUGCAAGACCAGUUUUACUCUUCAUAUAAGAACACUUACAGGAGAAAAACCCUUCAUAUGCUGUCUUUUUGAGAAAGAAUUUUCCAGAAAGAGCAAUCUUCCAAGAACUCAUACGGGAGAAAAUUUUCGUCACUAAAAACAAUUUGGUUCUUCCUAUAGGCCUAUUACUAUUAUUGUUUUGAGUUAAACAAAUAUACUCUAUCAAUGAUCUAGUUUUGUUUAUUCAUUCUAUUACGAAGCAAACAUAAAAUAAACUGAGAAAGUUAUACAACAUAAUUAAUUUUCAUUUAAUAUCACCAAACAGUUAUAUUCACAUCUUGAUUGGUAUGCAAAUGAGGGGACUGAUAACAUUACUCACCCGCCUCUAUAUUUUGUAUUUCUUUAUAUGAAAUAUUCCAAUUUACUUCCUUUUUUACUGUGAAAAAAGUUGUAUUCCUCCCUGAACAUGUCAGAUUACCAUUGUUUUAACAAAUUAUGGUUCAGUAAAGUUGGUCCUUAUUAUCACAUCUGAUCAUUGAUUCUCUCAUUUGCAUGUCACUGAGUUGUGCUUAUAUAACUGUUUUGUGUGAAAAUUCAAGUUGUAACUUUGAUAUUUUACAUCUGA